CCCCUAGGCACCUCACACUCCCUCGCACUCACACUCACUCACACACUCACCCUCCUACAGCCCCACCGCCCCCGCCAUGGCCGCGCCCGCCCUGUCCACCUGCUCCGGCGACCUGAGCUACGGCAGCCGGGUCUGCCUGGCCGGUCCCUGUGACUCCUGCACCGGCUCCUCCUGGCAGGUGGACGACUGCCCAGAGAGCUGCUGUGAGCCCCCGUGCUGUGAGCCCCGCUGCUGCGCCCCGGCCCCCUGCCUGAGCCUCCUCUGUGCCUCAGCGAGCUGUGAGCCCUGCCCCUGCCCAUCUGCCUGCACCAGCUCCUGCACGGCCUUGUGCUGCCCGCAGUCUAGCUGCCAGCCCUCCUGUUGCACCUCCUCCCCCUGCCAGCAGGACUGCUGUGAGCCCGUGUGCUGCAGGCCCGUGUGCUGUGAGCCCACCCCCUGCCCCUCGUCCUGCUGCAGACCCUCCUCCUCCGUGUCCCUGCUCUGCCGCCCCGUGUGCAGACCCGCAUGCUGUGCCCCCGCCCCCUCCUGCCAGCCCAGCUGCUGCCGCCCGGCCUCCUGCGUGUCCCUGCUCUGCCGCCCUGCAUGCCCCUGCCCCACCUGCUGUGUCCCCAACUCGGCCUAGAAGCCCUGCUGCUGACCGGGCCGUCCCCCCAGGGCCAGCCGGGCUCAGUUCCCACCAGUGACUUGGCCCCCAGCUUCCCCUCAGUCCUGACCUGAGUUAUGUGACUGUCCCCACUGAGGACAUGUCCUGCUAUGUAUCCAUUGUCCUGACCUGACUGACCUCUGACCACUGCUCCCAGGACCCCUCGACCUUGCUGUGCCCCAGGGCUCUUGCCUCCCAGGUGACCCCACCUGCCUCUGGGUCACCUGUCCCCCCUCCCCAUUUCUCUGCCUGGGUCACUUGGCCUCUCUUUCCAAACUGUCAGCAUUUUCUCAGGCACCUGGAGGAAUAAACUCACUUCACCACCUCA